AUGGUGAUGGUUCAGGUGGUAAUGGAGGGUGGUCACUACGAAUGGGGUGGUGGCAGCAGACUUAGUGGUGGUGGUGGUUCAGUUGGUAGCGGAGGUGGAAUGGGUAGUGGUGGUGGUUUAGGCAGUGGUGUUGGUGGCGGAGAUGACGAUUUAUGUGGAGGUAGUGGUUCAGGGUUCAAGUGGCGGCAACGAACAGUAGAUACGAUUUCGUUUGUUAAUUUAGAUGCUUUGAAAAAUGCAAACAAUGGACCCACUGAGACUCAAUGGGAGGAGAGAGUUGCAGCAAGACAAGAAUACUGCAAACUUACAAUUGUAAGAGCUGAAAAAUUAAGGAGCAGAGCAACAAUUAAUCACACUAAGGAAUUUGAGCAUAACACCAAAUACUUCCUCAAAAUUGUAAAUGAUAAGAUAAGAAGAAUCUAUAUUGGUUCUAUCAAAGUUAAUGGUAAUCUUACUUCUAAUGAAGAAUUAUGUACUUGGUUAGAAAGAGAUGUUGAUGAGGAGGAAUGUACUGCAGCUAUCAAAAAUUUGGGUCAAAACAAAGCCCCAAGUCCAGAUGGAUUUCCUGUAAGAUUUUAUCUUUUAUGUUGGGACUUCAUUAAGCAAUAUUUUCUCAACAUUGUCAAAGAAUUACAGGUUAAAUCUUUUCUUGACUGGAGAUUGAAGAACACCUUCAUAGCUUUAAUUCCCAAAAAGGAUUCUAUUGAACAAAUUAAAGAUUUGAGGCCAAUUAGUCUCAUUCAUGGGGUUUACAAGAUUGUUUCUAAAAUUUUAGCUGAGAGAUUUAAAACAGUACUGCCUACUAUUAUUUCUCAGCACCAAACUGCUUUUGUCAAAAAGAGACAAAUCUUAGAUGGAGUUUUAAUUGCUAAUGAAUUGAUUGAUUCCAGAUUGAGAAGUGGAAAGCCAUGA